ACACUUUUCGGCAUGAAUAAACUGGCCGAAUUCCACAUGUGACCAUACCUGAGAUACACACUCGGGUUUAUUAAUUAUAUUGUCAUACACGUAAAAAAAGACAAAAAUUUUCGGAAUUUGAUUGAUUUCUUGUUUUUUUUUUCUUCAAAAAACCAUAAUUGGGGUCUACGAGAGAAUAGUAAGGGAAAAAAUUAAGUAGAAAUAAACAAACAAACAUGAAACAACAAUCACAAAAACAGCAACAUUCCAACAUUUCUACAACUCAGGAUAAUGUUAUUUCAUCUAAUGUCAAUAAAUAUACUUAUUCAAUUAACAAUAAGGGACAAGAGAAGAAAAUUAUUGCAUGUCGACAUAAAUCAAAUAUGAAUCAACUAAGAACGAAUGAAAAAUCUGAUCACAAAUUAUUAACCAAUCAUAAAAUAACUGGAAUAGAGAAUACAAUUCAUGUUGUAUCUGAUUCACAUCAAUGUCAACAAUCAUCUUUAUCUCCUCUCCCUAUUCAAAACAAUAACUCAAAUCGCUAUGAUUUAAUGAAUAGAAAACAACAAAUGAAACACAAGGAUUUGUUAUCACGUUCGUUAAAAUUAACAACAUCUAAUGAACAUGAAUGUAAGUUAAAACAAUAUGGAUUAAAUACGGAUAAUAGUCAUCGUGAAAUAAUUCAAGGAAGUCAUACAACAUCAUCUGGACCGAUUACAACUAAUAAUAUUACAAUGACAACAAUUGAUACUAGUACCAGUAUACCGACUAGUUCAGAAAUUCAUGAAUCUAAAUUUUAUAAUCAACCUGAAAAUAUUGAAAGUAUGAGUGCAUUUGGACGUGUUAUUGUUGAAAUCAUCAAAGAAGAAAAGUCUAAUUUAGGGUUAACUGUUUCUGAUGGUUCUAAUCAAGGUGAAGCUCCAGUUAUUUUAAAUAUUCGUCCUGGAAGUAUUGCAGACAGAAAUGAUUGUUUCCUACCAUAUGAUCAUAUAUUAUCAAUGAAUUUCAUGAAUACGUCAAGUGAAAACUCUACUACCAAUAAACAUUUGGGAUCAAAAAUUCAAAUGGAAAUUGGAUAUGAAUUACCGGCAUUACCUCCUGUCGGUUGUACUGUUAAACAUAUGGUUGUUAAUUUAAAAAUUAGUUCUGAUGGUGUUGGUUUAGUCGUUCGUGGUGGAUGGAAUAAAUCACCAUUACUUAUUCGACCAUUAACUGUUAUGCAUAUACGACAAAAUAGUGCUGCUGACUGUGACGGACGAAUAAAACCCGGGGAUCGUAUACUCACAAUUAACAGUAUACACACAGGACAAUUAACUUGUGAAGAAGCAAUGAAAUUAAUACAAUCUUUAAGAAGUUGUCUAACAUUAACUAUAGAGUACAAUGUAGCCAAUUUCGAAGAAGAUCGUCGUAUAUCUGGUGCAGUUGUAGUUGAAAUUGAAAAACCAGCCAAUGAAGAUUUAGGAAUUAGUUUAGCACCAUGUCACGAAGUGAAAACUGGUCAAAAUGCAUUUUUCAUUGAUAAUAUCAGACAAGGAAGUAUAGCCGAUAGAUGUGGAGCUUUAUUUGAAGGUGAUCGAGUUGAAUCAAUCGAUGAUAUAUGCGUAGAAAAUAUCAAACUUCAAGAAGCAAUGUACAGAUUAAAAAAUAAUGGUUUAAAUGUAAUACGAUUACAAAUUGUACCAAAUGCUAUAAUGAAUUCAGAUAAAUCAAUACAAAAUAAUUCAGAAUGUUUAAAAUCCAUGAGAUCUUUAAGAUCAGCAACUCCAUUGAGUAGUACACCAACGGCAGCUUGUCGAUGUGAAGAAGUUGAAGUGCUACUUGAGCCAUAUGAAUAUAUAGGCUAUGGAUUUACAUUGAUUGCUCCAAUAUCAAAUCAGUUUUCUCUAGAACUAACCAGUUUUCCCUUGAUCGAUCAAGUGGAUCCACGUGGACCAGCAUUUAAAUCGGGUGUUAUUCAAGAGGGUGACAGAGUAAUAUGUAUUAAUGGUCAAUCUACAUUAAACAGAACUGUUGAUGAAUUAAUUCAAAGAUACUUAGAACCAACUGAUUUUGAAAAGAAAUACUUUCGUGUUCAAUCAUUAACACUUUUGAUACAGUAUACUGUAGCAGAUUCAGUGGUUCCUGCAACGGGUAUUUUUGAUGUCAAAUUAAUAAGAAGAUCGGUUAGUUUAGGUAUUAACCUUCAAGCAUCAAUCAAUAAAACUUCUGGACAACCUUUAUUAAUUAGUAAAGUUAUUCCUGGGAGUGUUGCAAGUCGUAGUGGUUCUAUCAAUCCAGGUGAUAUACUGUUAGCUGUGAAUGGUAUUCAUCUUUCUUCAUGUAGUCUUUCUGAGGCAAUACAACUUUUACAAUCCCCAGAUGAUGAUAUAAUAAUAUUGAGAAUACAAAAAAUGGAUACUUAUUCAUCAAAAACAGAAUUGGAGAUAAAAUAUGGUUCUGAUAGUUCGGUUGUGCAUGAUUAUCUCUACGACAGACAACAACAACAACAACAACUCCAACAUCAACAUCAAAGAAAACAGUUGUAUCGAAAAAGUUUCGAUGAAAAUUUAAUGAAUAAGUGUUUAAAACCGGAAACACAGUUUAGAACACCUCAGAAUGAAGAUAGUAACAGUAGAGAUAAUUCAAAUGAGGAUACAAAGAAAUUAUCAGACAAUAAUACUUCAUCUGCAUCAUCAUUUUCCCAUAAUCAAUCAGCACGCAGAUCAUAUCAACAUCACCAUCACCAUCAUCAACCACAACAGCAUUCUGUUGUAGUACAACAGUGUCCAAUUGAAAAAUUAUUUCCCAGUGAUCUAGGAGAUUCUGAGAAAUCAUAUAGAUAUCCAACUGGUGCCAGUAAUAGUCCAACAGUGCAAGAUCAUACACAUCGAUUUCAUCAACUUCAAAAUGUUAAGAGUCAAAGAACAAACCAAGAUGAACUUAAUCAAAAUCAGUUCGAUAAUCAGCCUAAACAAUUCAUAAAUUCCAAAUCAGAUUAUUCAUUGGAACCUGAUAUAAAUGUUGUUCAAGUAAUAUUACGACGUAAAUCAUCUAAUUGUCCAUGGGGUAUUACUAUUUGUGGAACAGAUGAUGCACCAGAUAUACCAGUAUUAAUUGAUUCAUUAAAUCCUGGUGAUCCUGGUGCUGAAUGUGGUUUAAUACAUCCUGGUGAUAGAAUUUUAGCUAUAAAUGGUAUUACAUUACAUAAUGGUCAUACAUUAACACAAGCAAUGCGUAUGUUACAACAUUUUCCAGAUAAAGUUAUUUUACAUAUUGCACGUAAAUCGAAUUCAUUUACUACAACUUCUAUUACCAAUAGUACAACAACAUCUAUUAGUAUUGGUACAAUGCAUAAUAAUACAAUUAGUGGACAGAAACAACCAAUAAAUCAUUUUCCUUUAUCUAGAAAAUGUACACUUGUAAAGGCUGUAGCUACAAGCAAUUUCAGUAGAUCCUUUGAUUCAAUAUCAAAUAGCCUCAGUUCAAAUUCUGUAUCAAAUAAUAAUAUUGUUGAGGGACAACUUUUAACUGGACUUACACCGCAGAAUAAUGAUAAUAAUAAUAAGUAUAACAAUAAUAUACGACUACAGAAUCAUAGUGAUGAUUCAAAAAUAUCUGUACAAAAGUCUAAAACUUUAUAUGAUCCUAACCAAUGUGCUCAAGUUACGGACACGUCAUGGGCAAUUUCAAGCAGUUAUCCAGAUAGAAGUGUUGGUAGUGAAUCAAACACACUGAAUCGUUCAGUUCCAAAAUCCUCUACAACUAUUUUGAGUUCAGGACCUGGAACUAUGUUUACUCGUCAAGGAAUAUCACCUAAAAAUACACCUGGUGAGAAUUUAAAUUUAAAAGUACCAUCAAAUAAAUCUCGUCCACAAACAAUAAAAUCUCGUCAUCGUUGUUCAUCAUCUUCUUCAAAACGUCGAACACAUUUACCAUCUACUGAUGAGCAUCGAAUUAAUGAAUUAGAAAAAUCAAAGUAUUCACAAUUAUUUAUUCAACAAUACUCAGAUACUACACCAAGUGAACUAAAUGAUGAUGAAAAUAAUCAAGAACAACAAAAUAAUUCUAAUCAUCCAUUUACACAUCAACAUCAUCAACUAUCAUAUAAUUAUUUAAAUCAUCCAUAUAUACAAUCUAAUAAAGAUUAUUUACAAAUGGAUUUAAAUUUUAUUCAAUGUUCAGGUUGUCGUAAAGCAGUUGAAAAAGAAAUUAAAUAUUAUUUAUUAAAACAACAAAAAUCUUUUGAAACUACACGACGAGCUUCAUCAUCAAAUAGAAAAGAUUCAACAAGAUCUACUUCUGAAGCAUUUCUUGCAUCAAAUUAUUUUGAACCAGAAUUCGAUAGUAUACAAUUACAUCGACAAUAUCCACAUAAUUUAUUAUUAGAUGAUAAAAAACGAUCAAUUUGGUAUUUAAAUAAAGAUGAAAAUUCAUUGCCAUCUGAUACAUUAUAUGAACCAUCUGCUUCACAUUAUUAUCAACAAGAUAAUUUAAAACAAAUAAAAGAAAAUCAACAAAUUAAUAAAAAUAAAAUGAUCAUUUCACAUUUACUUACAGAUCAACAUUCAAAAUCUGAUAGUCGUUUAGAUUUAAUUCGAUCGAUUGAUUUAAGUGAUGAUAGUUCUGAUAUUGAUAAAAGAAAUAGUUUAAGUGUAACUGAACCUAUAGUAAAGUCAAAUGAAUUAUCACAAAUGUAUAAAUCUCAAAAAAUUCAUAAUUAUCAGUCAUCUAUUGUAAAUCCAAUUGAACAUAAAACUAUUUCUCGUACCAAAUCAAACACAUUAGGAUCACCUAUGAAUAUUAAAACAAUCAAUUCACAUUUAUAUGAUAAUAUACAAAGAUCACAUAAUAAAAAGUCUAGAUCUAAAAAAGUAUCCACUUCUAAACAUAAUAAACAUGAACAACAAUUUACUGAGUUAAAUACUUGGUGUACAUGGAUUCGUUUAAAAAAGACAUCAACAACAGAUUCUUAUGGAAUAGGUGUAUCUGAAGGUUUAUCUACUAUGGGUAUAUUUGUUAGUGCAAUUCGUCCUAAUUCACCAGCUGAUUUAUCUGGUAAACUUUAUCUAUAUGAUCGUAUUUUAAUGGUAAGUUAUAAUGAAUAAAUAAAUGAAUUAAUGUUCAUAAUAUAUAGUGUAAGGUUCAAUCGUUUUUAAUAGGAGAUUGUGAAGAAAAGAUUAAGUAAUUUAUUCUGUUGUAUCCUUCCAAAGCAGAAUGAAAGGACCAAAUGAAAAAGAAAAAAAACAUAAAGGAAACAUUAUCAAUAGACUUUAAUUACACUACUACAGUAUUUAUCAGUUCUGGGUUGUGGAGAUCAAUAUGUUUUCGAUUGAGAUCAUGAAUCGAUUGAUGUUAGACCAACAUUAAAAACCCGGAAGUACUAGAUGGCCGUUUCGUCCUAUUAUGGGACUCCUCAGAAGUGCGCAUCUACGAUCCCCCUCGCGGGAUUUAUUGACCCGUUUUGUUAACAAAAAAACAAUCUUCUUUAAAACGCUUGGUGUAUUCUGUAAAAACAGUUGAAGAUGCCACAGGUAUUUGGAGUUAGACAGCGCCCUAACAAGUAACACUUAUUAUGGAUCGUGCCUACCCAGUAAAAUCAAAAGUCAGAAGCGAGUAGGUUCGAAGAUGUAUUUGAUAGACUAUCAAUAUAUUGAGAAGCGACUGAACUAAACUGGCUAGCGAUUGCAGAAGAAGUUGAGCACGGAGUUCUCACUUGUGAUCGGGGGCUGAUGCAUGACCGAGCGCCUUCUGCUAGGUGAGUCCAUUAAAACUAAUGUGGUCAGUAUCCAGUGUUGAUGACUUACAGAGCUAUUGAUUUUGGGGAUGUAUUAACCAUUACACAGUAACCUAAUAUAAACUGUGAUUAAACCUUUUAGUUCAUACAAAAUGAUCAGUUUUUGGCAGUAAGUAAAAAUAUCUAUUUCAUUGUAUUUUUAGAAAGUUUGUAUUUUGUAUUUUCAAUGUACCGAUUGCCUAUUAACUAUAUUAUUACAUGUAGCCUGAUUACCUUAUAGUUUUAAGUUAGUUGUAAUCAAUUUAGAAAUCAAAUAUCUUUAUAUUAAAUUUCUGGAAAAUGUUGUAAGCAGUAUUUCGUUUGACUGAUCUAUAAUGUACUUCUUUUAAUUUGAUGUGGUUUUUCUUAGGAUUAGUUCAGUUUAAACAUUCUUUUCAUAACGGUUUGAUAUGAACAAUUAGGAUCAAAGAACAAUGAGUAGCUGUCUCACCUUGAGAAUCUUCAACAGUGUAUGCCCUCUAUCUUAUAUAGGAUCUAACCCUGGAAUUUAUUACUUUCAGACUAUUGAGUUGAAAUUCAAUAAUCCAGAUUUAUCUAUCGAUGAAAUAACAGAUAUCUUCAAAUUAAAUUAAAUUAAUAUUUUUAAUAGUUGGGAUCAUGAGUCAAAUGAAGCUAAACCACCAUGGAAAAUCUGGAAGCGCUGUACGGCCGUUUCGUCCUACUGUAUGACUCCUUAGCACUGUGCAUCGACGAUCCCGCUUCGCCAGAAAAUAUGAAGUUUAGGUGAUUUGAAAUUCAUGACUGGUUGUUUAAUCUUUAAAAAUAGGAUUUACUAAGGUGUUUUUAGACCUUUUUGCAUCAUUAAAAGACUACUAAAUCCUGGGAUUUAAACUAUUUAUAACUAUGAUUGUAGGAAAAUUUAUCGGAUGGUCUUUUUUCAUCUUUUUUCACCCACUUGUAUAAAUGUUAAUAAAUAAAAUGUAUGUAACUACAACUUGCUUUAGGACAAAUUUUCUUACAAACGUUUUUAAAUUAUAAAGAAAUAUAGUAGAGUUAAUUGAUCGGUUCUGUUUUCUAACUGAUUUGGAGGUGUAAUAAUUACUAAACAAUAUUGAUUAUUGAUUCUCUAAAUUUUGAUCUUUCAGAAAACAUAUCUACAACUAUUCUCACUUAAUUAGCUAGUAUAUGAAAACGUCAUCAUUUUAAAUGAGGUUUUAUUCAAGAAAUGACAUCGACGAAACAACCAUUGAAAAUCAUGGAGGACUGGGAAGCUAUUUCAUCUUAGUUUGAAGCUCUAACUUAAUGUACAACCACUACCUCAUUAUUGAUCGGACUUAGGACCUUAUGGUUCAAAUUAGAGCAAAACAUAUGCAUAUUUCUUCUACUAUUCACAUGUUAUUCAUUAGUUUGAAUGUUUACUUUGUAAAUAAUUUGAGAUUACCAUAUUUGUUUUAUCUAUUUCAGGUCAAUGAUACACCAGUAGAUAGUUUAACAUGUAGUGAAGUGGUGAAUCUUAUUAGUCGUUCAGAAAAACGAUUAGAUUUACUAGUACAACGUCGUAUUACAAAGCAUACACAACGAAGUAAACAUUCACAUCAGAAUGAUUCCAUUGAUCUACCGAAUAACACUUUAUUCACUGGAUUAACAGGGGGGGUCAAAUUAGGUGUUACAUGUACACCUACAAUGGAUAAUGAACAUAUUAACAUUACAGCUC